AUGGAAGUAGACGAACAUCUCUUUAACUUCUUAACCCAAGCUAAUCUACUAGAAAACUCCCAAUCCUCUCCAAAGCCUCCUUAUACCAUCCAUGAACUUGAUCUCCACAUUUUUGAAAUUGGUCUUGGAGUUGUUCCAUUAAUAAACCAGCUCUUAAAUUCGAUGAAACAAUCCACACGCGACCGUUUUGGAGUACCAGAUUUUUCAGCCCUCCGAAACUCUAAUACUGCAAGUUCAAGGUUAUUUAACUGAAACCUUAUAAUAAAAGCUUUACAAUCAUUAGAAAUUCCUAUAGAUUCUGAUAUGAAGGCUCUUAUUGUUGCAGGUGAUAAACAAGUGGUGAUUGAAGUCAUCAAAAUGAUAUAUAAAGCAACGUUAAAAAAUAACAAUGGAUCGCCCAGAGCAAAGCCCAAACAGCCGAAAUUUACGCCUGAUGGUGCCUUGCUGCUAGAUAAUAUAGAUAUCAAUAUUGAUUUAAGCGAAUCAGAAACAUGCUUAGAGAUGCUUGUAAUUUCUUUAUGCAAGUGCUUACAGGUUAAGCCAAAACAGGCAGCAGGGCUGCUGACUCAAAAUGGAAAAUUUUUGGUUCAAGUUAUUAUGAAAGGCUUAAAAGGUAAAUUUGAGCUAAUUUUAGAGUGGUACCAAUCUAUAUUAAAUAAUUUGGUUCAUCUAAAAAAAUUAAUACAAAAAGAGUUUGACCAAGGAGCACUUAAUCUUGUUCUAACUGCCCUAAAGCCAGGACUUGCAAGUAAAAAUAGGGAAACAAUGGAGAAAUGCAUAGAAUUAUUUAUAGAAAUAAAAAGAGGAUGAUAUGAAGAUGAAAUUUUUCAAUGGUUUAUGAAAAGUGAUGCAUUAUCCUAUAUAAUAAAAUCAAUGAAUGAAAAUUCUGUUGGUAAUUUUUUGGAUUUUCUUAUAGACUAUGGAAGGAAAGAGCUGAGGAAAAUGUUUGGGGAAAGCUUUAAGCAAAGUGCUGGAGACUCAAUCGGAUUUUUUGAUGCUAUUUUGUUGAUUUCACCAUUGAUUAGCUCAAACAUAAAGCUUAAUCAACUUUUUAUGAACCAAGAUAUUUAUACUUAUUGAAUUUAUGAAGGCCUGAUGGAAGCUGAAAAAAAUCCAAAGCAGAUUUUUCCUUUGAAUUUUUUAACAGAAUUAUGAAAAAGUUUACCAAACUCUUACCAGAUUAAUGAAGACUGCUCAAAUUUGAUAUUAAAUGCAUUGAAGUCGGGAAACAGGGAUAACUGCAGCAUUAUUAAAAUAUCAUCAUUUUUAAAUUUAUUUAGACUUCUAUCUGCAUUUUCAGCUGUGAAGAAUUCUUAUGCUCCAAUUAUUUAUAAGUCACUUACAUUUUCACUUGUUGAAAACUAUUCGAACCAAACAAUAAGAGAAUUUUUAUAUGUUAGUUUUGCUAAAUUAAUAGAAGAUGAUCAAAAAAUACCUUUAAGCAUUCUAUUGGACCCUUUAAUCAAGCAACUUCAGGUUGCUGACGAACUUUACAAUAUUUCAGAUUUUGAUUUUUUUGUAAGUAUUGUAAGGCAUCCUAAGCUUGAAAUAGAACAUGCUAUUUUAUUGAUUGAUUUUCUGGGAAAAGUGUAUUAUAAUGAUCCAAUUUACACCAAAGCUGCGCAAGUUCCAUUUAUUUUAUUAGCAGGAAGAUAUAUUGAGUUUAAGCCUAUGGAACAAUAUAUAAUAAAAUUUGCAAAUUUUGGCCUGAAAUCUGUAAUUAAGCUAUUUAAGGCCAAAAAAAAUAAAAAAAGUCAACAAGAAAACGAGACUAAAUGCUUGCAUAUAAGAAAUAUAACACUAUCUCUUAUAGAAAAGCUUAUUGCGCUAAGAUGUUGGGAUUUAAAUACGCAGCUAAAAGAUCAGCUAUUACAUGCAAAUUCUGAAUUGAAAAAAAUUAGUGGAGAAAAUUUUAAUGGAAUUCUAAUUAUUUUAGCGCUUUUAGGUGACCCAACUGAAAUGAUAAACAAGUAUGAGGCUGAUUCAGACAGCCUGCCUAAUUCUGAGCCAAAAGCUGGAUCUUUUAAAUCAGCGACUUCAGAGCAGAACAAUAAGCAUGCUAUAGCAAGUCUUACUACAGUUCCAAAUGGUCGAGUGCAAAAUGAUUUAGAAAAAAUCAAGCAGAAACGCAUGGAAAGAGAGCUCCUACAAAUAAGCCAAACUGAAAGGAAAAAAGCAAUUGAAGAAAAAACGAAAAAAGCGUUAAAGAUACAAAUUGAAAAGAGAAGAAUUCAGCUCGGAAUUGAAAGUAAAAGCGCAGAAAAUACUUUGGUAAUAAAAAGUCACACACCAGUGAAUGACCAAAUAAGUUUAGUUGAAUUAGAAAAUGAAACACCAAAUGAGCAAGAACUUUUAAAUGUUGUUUUUAAAAAAUAUUUAAGGGUAGCAAACCUGUUAUAUGAUAAGUAUUCCACUUCAGGACAUAAAAAAGAUAUGGGGCCAAGCGGAACCUUCGAAAGCCUGAAGGAAACAAAAUCUAGCAUAACUGAAGGAGAACUUGCAAAAUUAUUAAGAGAGCAAGGGGUCACUCAAUCUAUGAUUUCUGUUGUGGAAAUGAAAAAAAUUUACAAUUUGAUAAUACAAAAAAUGAAAAUUCCAGUGCUGAAUUAUGAAGGCUAUUUUAAUUUCAUAUUUCAAAUAGCGGUUUAUAUUUAUUCAAGACCACCGAUAGAGCUCACUACUUAUCCAUAUGCAGUUUCAGUGCAAGCUUUAUUUGAGCACUUUUCAAAGCGUGCAGUUGAUAAUGGGAUUCCUUUGCACCUAUACCAAGAGCCCGAUUAUGGAGCUGGUGACCGCGAUGUAGCUAAAAGUAUUACUGAGCUACUUAAGUAUGACUUUAAUAUAGAGAUGCCAGAAGGCUACCAAAAAGUGAAAGCAAAAGCACUUAAUGUUAGUUAUAAAAUUCCAAGCCAUCUAGGCUUGUGAAGUCAUCAAAAAAUAGCUUUAGAAAUUCUUGAUGACAUAUUUUUCGACACCAUUGGAAUUCAUUUCUUAGAGCACAAUAUAUCAGUUAAAAACGUUUAUCAUGCUAAAGGGUCCUUAACGAAGCCAGAGGUAGAAACCUCCCCAACGUUUGGGGUGCCUUCGAAUAAAGGUAAGUAUAAGAUUAAGCCAUUACCUGCAUAUUUAAAGCUAACUCCUGGAAUUAAGGUAGAAGUCACAAGGCUUAGAGGGACAUUUCCAAAUGACAUUUUAUUAGAGUGUUCAAAAACGCUUGAUGACUUAAUUUAUUCCGUAGAAAACGACAGCGAUACUAUAAUCAGCAGAAACCCGAAGCCAGCCGGAUCUAUUAUAAAUAGAUUUAUUGAGCAAAAGUUAAACGAAGAAAUCCAACAAAGAGCAGAAGAAGAAAGGCUUGAGAGAAAACGAUUCUUAAGAAGGCAGUCAUUAGAAUAUAAAUUAAAAGAAAUCAAGCUAGAAAAAGAAGAAAAAAUGAGAGAAGAUGAAGAAAUCAGAAGAAUAGAAGAAGAAAGAGAAAGAAGGCAAAUGAUGGUGAGAGCUAAUACAUUGAAAAAAAUGAAAGAAAUAAAUGAACCUAAAAUACAGGAAUUCAAAAAAAGAAAACAAGAAGAAGAGGAAAGAAAAUUGGCAGAGGCUGAAGAAGAAAAGAAAAAAAUGGAAGAAAAGAAAAAAAAAGAUAGAGAAAUGUUUUUAAAAAUGACGCUGAAAAUUAGAGAGCAGAGUCCGAAAAGAAUUGAAGAGAAAAAAGAAGAAGUAGCAACAAAAGAAGAGCUGAAUAAAAAAAGAUCAAAAUCGAGCAGAGAAAAGAAUUCAAAGAGCUUCGAAUCCACAUUGAGAUCUAAAAGUAGAGGAAAAAAUAAAAAAAAUGAAAUAAUCAUUGAUGAGAAUGAAAAAAUGAAGCUAGAGCAAGAAGUAAAGCAAUACAUUGGCUCAGCAAUGAUGGAUAGAUGGGUAAAUGAAGUUUUGACUGAAUAUAACAACUCCAUUGUGGCUGCUUAUGAAUUUUACGCAAAAACUUUUCCUGAUUCCGCGAACUCUAAAUCUCUUUCAUUAGUUGGAUUCCACAAAUUUUGUUCUCAAUUCAAUAUUUCUCCAUAUUUUAUGGGUAAUGAGGAUGCAACUAAAAUAUUCAGAAUUUUAACGAGAAAUAAAAUAUUAACCCCCGAGUCACCAUUGUCAUUAACUUUAUAUGAGUUUAAAGAAGCAUUGGUGCGUAUUGCUAUGCUUAGCAAGAAACUUUUAGCACUGGAUAAAGGAAAAGAACUUUGAAGCUAUGCAGAUCAAGUCAGAGCGCUAAUGGAGUGAAUUUGCAUCCCGAAAGAAAUUGGGGCGGCAAGUGAUUUCUUGCAAAAAUUACAUUCGAAAAAAUUCCCAUCGAAUCCUCAGCACAGAAAAAAGUUAAGAAAUAAUCUAGCAAAAGCAAUUAGUAUGGGAAUGAAUUAA